AUGUACCAAACCCUUACCACAAACCCACCUGCGUUUUUGCAUAAUCCCACAUUAUCAACAAGCCCAUCAAUUUCGAAUAGCAUUUCAGUUCGAUUCAAAGCAUCUGCAUCUGCCACCACCCGUUCAAGCAGAGCCUCUCGAUGGUCCCUUCAUGACAUGACUGCCCUCGUCACUGGCGGCACCAGAGGCAUUGGGCUUGCGAUUGUGGAGGAGUUGACCGGGCUCGGGGCAAUUGUCCAUACUUGUGCGCGGAAUGAGGAUGAGCUAAGAAAAUGCUUGAGGGAUUGGAAAGAUGAGGGUCUUCGAGUCACUGGCUCAGUAUGUGAUGUGUCGUCUCUAACUGAAAGGGGGAAGUUAAUAGAAGACGUGUCCUCUGUGUUCAGUGGGAAGCUCAAUAUUCUUAUAAACAAUGUUGGAACAAAUAUAAGGAAACAUAUGGUCGAUUUCACAGCUGAAGAAGUCUCUAUCCUUAUGUCGACAAAUUUUGAAUCUUCUUUUCACAUGUGCCAACUAACAUAUCCUCUUCUGAGAGCCUCUGGAGCAGGAAGUAUUGUGUUCACCUCCUCUGUCUCUGGUUUCGUAUCAUUGAAGUCUAUGUCAGUCCAGGCAGCAACCAAGGGUGCGAUUAAUCAACUUACCAAAAGUUUGGCAUGUGAGUGGGCAAAGGAUAAUAUCAGGACUAAUGCUGUUGCACCUUGGUACAUUAGAACCUCUAUGGUUGAGCAAGUGCUCAGCAACGAAGAAUAUUUGAAAGAGGUGUACGACAGAACUCCAAUGCGACGGCUUGGGGAUCCAAUGGAGGUCUCGUCUUUGGUGGCAUUCCUUUGUCUACCUGCAUCUUCAUAUAUUACCGGUCAGAUAAUCUGCGUUGAUGGGGGAAUGUCUGUAAACGGGUUCUAUCCGAGUACUAGUCUUUAG